GCCCAGCAAGAUCAGGGCCCGCCCCGAAGCACCCAGGCACCUUCGUGCUCGUGCCGUGCCCGUGCCCGUGCCCGUGCCCGGCGCAUCGGCGUCUCCUCUCCUCGCGCAUUUCUCACUCGACCACCACUUCGGCACCGCAGCGUCCGAAUCCCUCCGAACCCCGACCCAAGCGCGCUGUCCGGCGGUCCUCAUCGAACCCGCCCUGAUCCCUAGCGCUCGCGUGCUCCACUCUACCUACGGAGGGAGCCCGCCCAGCCGGCCGCCUCUGCGUUGGUCCUGGCCGCGGCCUCGCACGCAGAUGAUGGUGGCGGAGAAGCCGGCGCCGGGGGUGUUCCAGGUGCACGAGGCGGCGGACGACGAGCAGGAGCCGGCGUCGCCGUCGUCGCCACGGAAGAUGCACUCGCUGGACUUCGAGCACAUCGGCGCGCUCGCCGCCGUGGCCGAGUCGCUGGCGCCCGGGAGCAGGUGGCGGAGAGCGCUCACCAGCGCGCGCUUCGUCAUCUUCCAGGCCAAGAUCAACGUGCUGCUCCCCUUCGGCCCGCUCGCCAUCGUGCUCCACUAUCUCUCCGGAACGCACCAAGGAUGGGUUUUCCUUUUCAGCUUAAUCGGCAUUACCCCGUUGGCCGAGAGACUGGGAUACGCGACCGAGCAACUUGCUUGCUACACUGGCCCAACAGUUGGGGGGCUACUGAAUGCUACAUUUGGAAAUGCAACGGAAAUGAUUAUAUCAAUAUACGCACUGAAAAAUGGGAUGAUUCGAGUCGUCCAGCAGUCACUACUAGGCUCAAUACUGUCAAAUAUGCUGCUGGUUCUUGGCUGUGCUUUCUUUGCCGGCGGUCUUGUCCACUCCGACAGGGAUCAGGUCUUCAACAAGGCAUCAGCUGUUGUAAACUCAGGACUACUGUUGAUGGCUGUCUUAGGCCUUAUGUUCCCAGCAGUGCUUCACUUCACGCAUUCAGAAGCGCAGUAUGGAAAAUCCGAAGUAGCUCUUUCAAGGUUUAGUAGCUGCAUCAUGCUUGUGGCCUAUGCUAGCUAUCUGUUUUUUCAACUGAAGAGCCACCGCAGUAUGUACAGCCCAAUUGGUGAUGAAGAAGAAGCCACUGAGGAGGAUGAGGAUGAAAAGGAGAUAACACAAUGGGAGGCCAUCUGCUGGCUUUUUAUGUUGACUAUUUGGAUUUCAAUACUCUCAGGGUACCUGGUUGAUGCCAUUCAGGGUGCGUCCGAAUCAUUAAACUUGCCAGUAGCCUUUAUUAGUGUUAUUCUGCUUCCUAUUGUGGGGAAUGCUGCUGAACAUGCGAGCGCCAUUAUGUUUGCCAUGAAGAACAAAUUGGACAUUACAUUGGGAGUUGCAAUAGGUUCAUCAACACAGAUCUCCAUGUUUGUGAUUCCAUUCUGCGUGGUAAUUGGCUGGAUGAUGGGGCGGGAAAUGGACUUGAAUUUUCAAUUGUUUGAGACAGCGACUCUCUUUAUAACUGUACUAGUGGUGGCAUUCAUGCUACAGGAAGGCACAUCAAACUAUUUUAAAGGCCUUAUGCUCAUCUUGUGCUACCUCAUAGUCGCUGCAAGCUUCUUCGUCCAUGUUGAUCCUGAUGCAAGUGAGAACUAGGUGAAAAAUCUGCAAUACAGCAUACCUGUGAACAGAAUGGAGGGGCUACGACCUAACUGCAGAGUUAGCAAAUUGCGUAGAUGAGGUUCUGCAAGAGUCCUGAAUUUGGAUGUAACUUGUUGGCAGAAUCCCGGACCGAGGGUUUAACUCGGGCUCUCAAGAUUAAGGAGCUGAUGCAGCUUUUUUUAGGAUAGCAACAGCAUCGCCCGUUGAGGAACUGUAACUUUAUGCGGCGAUCACAGAAUUUACCGUUGCAUUUGUUCACAGUUUUUGAUGUUGCUGUGAUGUUACGGUGUUACCGUUGGUUGGUACGAUGAUGUUAGAAGGGCUCCAACGGUUCCCGAGGCUCUCUCCCCCUCGCCAUGUUCCGUGUACAUGUAGAAAGAAACUUACUAUAUUUUGCGACUUGAAACA